AUGCGGGGAACAGACUCCCCACCAACCAAAGCUCCGUCAGUAUAUACCACUUCCUAUACGCCCACUGUGGAGGGUGAACAGCUACUAAAUCCCGUAGAGAGAGUGGCAUGUCAGCCUGAGAACCCUUUUUCGAAACUGAUAACCGACCAAUCAAUUGCGAUUGUCCCUUCGUUCACCCUUGAAUCUGGUGUUACACUGUAUAAUGUUCCUGUGGCAUAUACAACCAAGGGCAAGCUUUCGCCGACGGGAGAUAACGCUCUGGUAGUCUGUCAUGCCCUAAGUGGAAGUGCAGAUGUCAGUGACUGGUGGGGGCCACUGCUCGGCGGCCCUGGCCAGGCAUUUGACGUUACUAGAUUCUUCAUCAUCUGUUUGAACAGUCUGGGUAGCCCAUACGGUACGGCUAGUGCAGUCACGUACAAGGAUGGUGACAAGUCAAGGGGGUUAUAUGGACCAGAGUUUCCAUUGACCACGAUAAGAGACGACGUCAACCUCCACAAAAUUAUAUUGGAUGAUCUGGGCGUCCGUCAGAUCGCUGCCGUAGUUGGCGGCUCCAUGGGUGGAAUGCUCACGUUGGAAUAUGCUUACUUCGGCAAGAAUUAUGUUCGGUGUAUUGUGCCAAUCGCGACGUCAAGUCGGCACUCCGCGUGGGGUAUAAGUUGGGGUGAAGCACAGAGGCAGAGCAUCUAUAGCGAUCCAAAAUAUGAGGAUGGAUACUAUGCAUUUAGUGAUCCCCCUGCCACGGGGCUCGGUGCUGCUCGUAUGUCAGCGUUGCUGACAUACCGUAGCCGAAAUUCGUUUGAGUCCAGAUUUGGCCGGAAUGUGCCUGAUCCAUCGAAACGACAGAACAUCAACGGCACCCAGCGCCUGCCAACUCCGCCCAACGAGCAUUGGGCAGUCCAUAAUGAUGGCCAUAAGAGCACACGGCCAUCCCGGCCGUCAAGUGGAGCUCAGACACCUAGACCAUUGACAGAGCUUCAGUUCACCGAUCCUCAAUUCACGGGUGCAGCUGUGUACACCGCGCAUGCACCAACUCCUGCAUCCCCAGGCUCUGUUACAUCUCUGGAACUAUCCAAGCGGCCUGCAACCUACUUCUCUGCCCAAUCUUAUCUGCGAUACCAGGGAGAGAAAUUUGUCAAACGUUUUGACAGCAAUUGUUAUAUUGCAAUUACCCGUAAACUGGAUACACAUGAUGUCUCGAGACAUCGAGCCGACGAGACGUCUCAAACGCCCGUAAAAGAUGCGUUAGCCCAAAUACAGCAGCCCGUCCUUGUCCUUGGGAUUGAAAGCGAUGGCUUGUUCACUUUCGCCGAACAGCAAGAAAUCGCCGAUGGGAUUCCGGAUUCACGGCUAAAAAAUAUUGACAGCCCCGAGGGCCACGACGCUUUCUUGCUGCAGUUCGAGCAGGUGAACAGAUACAUCCUGGAGUUCUUCAGGGAAGUUCUACCUGACAUCAUGGCCCCUUCAGAAACAGAUGCGAAUCCUGCUGGUGACCAUGUUGGUAAGCUCACGAAAAGUAGCACCUUCGGCGAAGCGGAGGUAGACGACAUCACCGCGUGGUAA